ACACAGGCAGGGUAUGGCACACACAGGCAGAGUAGGGCCGGAAAUAAAUCAGGACCAUGCAAUGAUUGAUCAGGACCAGUCUAAAAUGAACAGUACAUUGUACUUCAUACAGUGACACAAUGCCGGUGCUGAUCCCACAGUCUGUAUGAGGUGUGAACAAUGCAGGCACUUACAGAUCAUUAUCUUACAGGUGUGAGCAAUGCAGGGUUUUACAGCCUGAAACUGAGGUGUGAACAAUGCAGGGGCCACGUAAUCUUCUGAUACCUUUUAAAGUUUACAGAAAGGAAAGCAGUCACAGCAGCCACACUUCAAUAGAGGGACACCUUCAUGCCUUGCACCUAGAUACAAACGCCACCUUUCUUCAUUUCUCAAAUGAUCUGAAGUUAUGAACAGGGGAAAGACAAUGCCUGGGACUUGUAAAGAGAUAUGGAAUCUGUACACCUGCACGUGCCAUUUGUUGUGUGUAAUACUUAGUACAUGCUUUGCUCAAGGUCAGCGGGUAGAACAGACAGUGCAGCCGAUACUUCUCAGGGUGUUGGCAGGAUUCCUGGAUGCUGUAUAUGUAUGGGCUUGAGGUGCAUCCACUUGGGGUGAAUGGGGUGCCCCAUCUUCUCACCCCAUGACCUGUCCCACAACUGCCCCUUCCUUGGGUUUGGGCAGGGGUGUGACUGGCUUCACAAGCAAUGGACGGGGACUGUCUGCAAAUUCAACACUUUCCAGAAUGGACUUUAGAUCAGCAUUUCUUCCUGUCACACCCCGGACUGCAACCAACAUUAACCAGAUGUCUACUUCCUGUUUUUAGUCUCCCAGCAUCCUCCACUGCUCAGGAACUUCCUGGGUGGGGUUAGUCAACGGCUUUCUUUCUAGGGAACUUUUGCUGUCGUAUCUUUCAGCCUGCUCUCAUCCCAGGGAACUACUUGUGUCUCCCCCCACUCCUGGGCAACUUCCUGUGUUUAUCCUCCCAGCAUCCUCCAUUCCUGGGUAACUUCCUGUGUUUAUCCUCCCAGCAUCCUCCAUUCCUGUCUUGAUAACAGAACUCUUCCUGGUAAAGUUUAUGUUGGACACUGACAGAUCUGGAUGUUAGAGUCUUAGCAUUCCUGGUGGGCACCAACUGCUGGAGUGAGCCAGAAGGGCUAUGGGUUGUGCCAGUCAGAGCAGAAUGGAAGCCAGUGAGGACUAUGUGUGUCAGUUAGCGGAUGAGUUGGCAUUGCGCAUCCUCUGGUACCUUGAUGGCAAGGAGAUCCUGCAGGUGGCACAGACUUGCCAGCGCUGGAGACAGUUGGCUGAGGAUGAAGGUCUGUGGCAGGGAAAGUGCAAGGCUCGUGGCAUUGAGGAGCCGCUGUGUAUAACAAGGAGAAAGGCUAAAGCCUCUAGAUCUGGUCCAUGGAAAAGCUCUUACAUCCAUCAGCUCAGGAUUGACACCAACUGGCGCCGAGGGAGAUUUAGAUCAAUCACAUUGGAUCUCAGUAAGGAUCAUGACGCCCUGCAUUAUGUGGAGUUUAAUGGGAAGGAAUUGGUCGGUACAUCAGAGUUUGAAACAAUAAAGAUCUGGUCGGCAGUUACGGGCGAGUGUCUAAGGACCCUUGUUGGACAGACACGUGGUAUGACAGAAAUACAAAUGAGAGAUCACAUCAUUGUUAGUGGAUGCGAGGAUGGGACAGUAAAUGUGUGGAAUGCAGAGAGCGGGGAAAGUCUACACACCCUGUACACUCAUACCCAUUAUGUGAGCUGUACUUGUCUCUAUGAGAAAUGGAUAGUGAGUGGGUCAGGUGACGGCCCCAUCUGGGUUUGGGACAUUGAGACAGGCCGGUGCUCACACAUCCUAUCGGGGCAUGAAGGUUCUGUCACAUGGGUUUGGUAUAAUGAUGGAAGGCUGAUGAGUGUAGAUUUCAGUAACGUAGUGAAGAUCUGGGAGCCUGAGACAGAGACCUGUUUGCUGAGUGUUUGUCUUCACUCUGGUGCAUUCACUACUCCACAGUUUGAUGGGAAGCACAUAGUCAGUCUCUUGUUCGAAGACAGAACGAUAGGCGUUUGGGAUGGGGAGACAUUACAGCGCACCCACACAAUAACUGGGGAUAAGUCCUACACUCCUGUGAUGACUCUGCAGAACAGCAUUCUGGGAGUGGCAACUACUGGCCGCACUGCUGAAAUAUGGAACGUUGCAACUGGGCAGCGAGUGAAUCUCCUGACACAUCCGGAUGGAUUUGACCUCCGUGAGCAAAGCUUAGUUCUCCGGGGGGAUUUCCUCAUAGGCAGGACUGACACUGGGAGGGUCUCAUUGUGGGACUGGAGAACGGGGACAUUUCUGCGGAAUCUGUUUGUUCCAAAUACAGGAGAAUCUCUUGAUCGGCAUUUACUUGUCUCCAACACAAAGUUAAUGUGUGUGGUUCUCAAUAAACGGCAAGGAAUAUUGCCUCCAACUAGGACAGUGGUUUUGGACUUUGAUGUGAAGGACUAGGCAAGAAAACUAAUCUGUUCAGUGUUCUGAGCUGGUAGUUCCCUUGUUAUUCCCCAACCUGAUAAAACCUUAUAUAAUAACCAACGUUGAUUUGGAUGGGGCACAUAACUCGCAAACAAAUUUAUUGUCUGGACUCAAACAUUGGAUUAUUAAUGAGUCAUUAAAAAUCCAAUGUUUGUGUUCAGACAAUAAAUUCAUUGGCAACGGUCUGCGAGUUAUGUGCCCCAUCCAAUUCCACGAAAUGUUUGUGGCUCUGCUGGUGUGGCCUGACUGGACAGUGAGUUUCACAGGAGGUGAAGGUGACUGAAAAAAUCUGCUGAAUUCCUUAUAUGAUCACGUCUCCGAUGUUAAGGCUGAGUAUUUGGCAGGUUGCUGUAGGGUCUGCCCAGGCUUCCUUGCUCUGUGGGAUUGGGUACAUUUAGGGGCCGAUUCACUAAGGGUCGAAUAUCGAGGGUUAAUUAACCCUCGAUAUUCGACUAGGAAUUAAAAUAUUUCGACUUCGAAUAUUUAGUACAAA